GCAGCGGGCGAGCAAGAAGAGGCAGUGGCGGUGGCGGCGAGGGUUAAGAGCAGAGGGGCCCCGGGGCUGGAGCGCCCCCCCGGUGGUGGGGCUGUGCGGUGCGCUCGGCUCCCCUCGCCAUGAACAUCGACGUGGAAUUCCACAUCCGCCACAACUACCUCUGGGCCCGGUUGCCAGCCAGCGUGAAGCAGGCUCUGGGAAACUCUCAGAGGGAAUAUGAAAGGCAGGUUGUGCUCUACAGCAUCCGCAAUCAGUUACGGUACCGGAAUAACUUAGUUAAGCAUGUCAAGAAAGAUGAACGUAAAUAUUACGAGGAUCUGUUAAAAUACAGCCGUGACCACCUGAUGUUGUACCCCUACCAUUUGUCUGACAUAAUGGUGAAAGGGCUGAGGGUAACACCGUUUUCGUAUUACACAGGCAUAAUGGAGGAUAUAAUGAACAGUGAAAAAAGCUAUGAUUCAUUACCCAACUUUACUGCUGCUGACUGUCUAAGACUUCUUGGUAUAGGAAGAAACCAAUAUAUAGACCUAAUGAACCAAUGUAGAUCUUCUAAGAAAUUUUUCAGAAGGAAAACUGCGCGUGAUCUGUUACCUGUGAAACCUGUGGAAAUUACCAUAGAAGCUUGGUGGGUUGUGCAGUCUGGCUACAUCACUGAGGAUGACAUCAAGAUUUGUACUACAUCGGAAAAGUCUGCUAUUGAUAAGAUAAUUGAUUCAGGUCCUCAGCUUGCUGGUUCACUGGACUUCAAUGUAGUUCACAGCUUGUAUAACAAGGGAUUUAUUUACCUCGAUGUACCAAUAUCUGAUGACAGCUGUAUAGCAGUGCCACCACUUGAAGGUUUUGUGAUGAACAGAGUGCAAGGUGAUUACUUUGAAACACUCCUGUACAAGAUUUUUGUUUCAAUAGAUGAACACACUAAUGUGGCAGAGCUUGCAAAUGUCUUGGAGAUUGACUUAUCUUUAGUAAAGAAUGCUGUGUCCAUGUAUUGUCGAUUAGGCUUUGCUCAUAAAAAAGGCCAAGUCAUAAACUUGGAUAACCUUCAUCCAUCGUGGAAGAAUGUUCCUUCAGUGAACAGACUGAAGAGUACUUUGGAUCCUCAGAAGAUGCUGCUUUCGUGGGACAGUGGGGAAAACAGAAGUCCUGUACAGGAAGCUGGGUCUUCAGCCACAGAUACAGACACCAACAGUCAAGAUGAUCCAGCUGAAACAGCCAGUGUGAGCAGCCUGAAUCUGUCCAGCGGGCACACAAAGCGUAUUGCCUUCCUGUUUGAUUCUACCCUCACUGCCUUUCUAAUGAUGGGAAAUCUUUCACCAAACUUGAAAAGUCAUGCGGUCACUAUGUUUGAAGUAGGGAAACUGUCAGAUGAGUCCCUUGACAGUUUCUUGGUGGAGCUGGAGAAGGUUCAAAGCACAGGUGAAGGGGAGGCACAGCGAUACUUUGAUCACGCACUUACACUGAGAAACACAAUACUGUUUUUACGGCAUAAUAAAGACUUAGGGGCACAAGCUGUACAGCCUGACCAACCAACUAACGGAUUUCCCUUGGAUCUCUUACGAUGUGAGAGUUUGCUUGGCUUGGAUCCAGCUACCUGCAGUAGAGUUCUCAACAAAAAUUAUACCCUACUGGUUUCCAUGGCACCACUCACCAAUGAAAUUCGACCUAUUAGUAGCUGUACACCCCAGCAUAUUGGACCUGCAAUACCAGAAGUCAGUUCAGUUUGGUUCAAACUGUAUAUUUACCACAUAACUGGACAAGGACCACCCUCUCUAUUGCUCUCUAAAGGAACACGUCUUCGAAAACUUCCAGAUAUUUUUCAGGGUUAUGAUCGCUUACUUAUAACAUCUUGGGGUCACGACCCAGGAGUAGUUCCUACUUCAAAUGUGCUCACAAUGUUGAAUGAUGCUUUAACGCAUUCAGCUGUUCUAAUUCAGGGGCACGGUAUGCAUGGAAUGGGAGAAACUGUGCAUGUACCUUUUCCAUUUGAUGAAGCUGAGCAGCAGGGAGACUUCUCUCGUGUGAACAUGGGCAUUCAUUCAGCUUUAAAGAUACUGAGAAACAAAGUAGACUUGCAGCAUUUUUGUGGCUAUGUCACUAUGCUGAAUCCUACAAGUCGGCAAGCUAACAGGAAGCUGAGUGAUGCUUCUGAUGGAAGAGGGGAUGCUGAUCUAGCAUCAGGAUCUGAUGUAAACGGGAGUACAGAGUCAUUUGAGAUGGUAAUAGAAGAAACAUCAAUGGAUUCUGCAAUCAAGCAAAGCCUUGAAGUACCCACAUCAGAACUGGAUUGGGUUCCUCUGGAAUUAUGCUUUGGCAUUCCUCUCUUCAGCUCUGAGUUGAAUCAGAAAGUCUGCAGAAAAAUUGCCACUCAUGGAUUAUGUAGAAAAGAAAGCCUACAAAAACUGUUACAUUCCAGUAGAAAGCUGUCCUUGCAGGUCCUUAAUUUUGUUCAUUCAUUCCAGGAAAGUACUUCAACGCUGGAUCAGCUCCAUGAUGCUGGUUGUUCAAGUUCAAUUUUGCAGCCAACUUCUGCAGAUAUGGGUGUUCCACUUCCUGCCAAGAAUCUCAUGUUCAAAGAAGGUGUAUUAUCUGAAUGGAACGGACGGUCCCCUUCCUCGGUUUUUAUUUCAACCACUCCUAAGGAACAGCACACAAGGAGAUGAGAUGUGGAAUACUAAAGAAUCCAGGUGACUAAGAACUCUGCCAGCUCUCUUCUUUGCUGGAACUGCCUUGCUAUAAAUAAUGUAAAAAUAGGACGACCAUCCUGUCUUUACUAGCAUUACGUAACGGACCAAGAAUCUGCGGCAUUGAUGAUGCUGGAAAAUAACAAGGAGAAAAAUGACAACGUUUGGGUUUGUAUCCUGUUCUUUGUAGCUGUAAGAAAACAUAUAACAAGUUUGAAAAGGGAAAAUGUACCACAAUAGAAUAAUGCAGCGACUGCGGCUGACACUGUGAAAGUCCCUUUAUUUUCUCCUUGGCAUUAUAUACAUUCCUGAUGUGUAAGUGUGGGAUGUGUGCUUUAAGAACUGGAAGUCUGUAGUACUACAGUUUGCUCAUUGCUGCUCUUUUCUUUUUAUGUAUAUUUUUACAUCUGUUGUGUUAUGUAUUUUACCAACAUCAACUGAAUUUAGUAUUCUGCGUGAAUUACAGAGCUAGAUUACAGAAAAUUAUUUACACUACAGUUACUUUUGUACUGGAAGUGCUUAUUUUUUCGUAGUCUUUUUUUAAGUUGUUGUAUUUCCCUCAAAGGAAUUGAAGAGGAACUGAAUGUCAGUCUGCUAGAAAUUGCAGGGAAUAUAGGUUUACUGUGAGUUGUUAUGUGAAGAUUAAUUCAAAAUCGAGCUGUAGGGGAACUAAGCAGUAGAUGAUGAUUUACACUUUCAGUACCAUAGACAAUACUUUCAGUGCUACAGUGAACUGUAAUAGAUGAGCUAGUUUGGCAUACUGUAUUAAAUUUUGCCAUGCACAAUGUCUAUACAAGCACAGAAUUGAUGACAGUACAAGUUAACUUGCUGUGUGAAAGUCUAAGAAUGGAUUAAAUUUUCUGUUCUCCUCACUGCCUACUCUUCAGUGUUACUGAGUGAAGGAUGUUACUAGGUUCUAAAUAAAAACAGUCUGCUCUUCAGAGUUGUUUAAUACCCACAAAUCUUGCUGUUAAUGGUGAAAAUUCCAGAUAUGUUGGCAAUUCUUAGAAAUCAAACUACUAUAAUUUAGGAGCUUCAACACUAGUUUAGAGCUUGAAUGUUCAAGUCUUCAUAUUUGAAGUUUACUGAAUAGAUUGCAACCAAAGAAGUCCACAAAAUACCUGAAACUCUACUACGGCUCCAGUGCUUGGGAUGGUCCAGAGACCCAAAGUAUGUGAUUUUCGUUUUAAAUGUGGUGUAAAAAAUAAGGUCUCCAAGAUCUUCAUACCAAAAGAAUCUAUUUUAUAUUGUAUCGCAAAUAAAGUCUAAUGAAAUCAGUUUCUUUUCUUCAGGCAGUUUUAUUGAAAGUCGAUGAAAAAUCUCACGCAUUGUAACAUUGCAAGUUGUUUGAAGUUUGUCUUCACAACAUCUAUUUUUAACUUGAGAAGUUGGCUUUGUGCUCUGGCACAACCCAAGUAGUGGUUAUUCCAGAUGAGUGUACUUGGAGGGCUUCGAGAGCCAACUAGAAAGUGUGUGUUAUUUGUUCUCAGAUUUCUGAUCAUGAUAUAUUAUUUCUUGUUUUUCUUUUUUUCUUUUCCACCAUUGUUCUCAGAUCUUCCUUUUGCUUGUACAAUAUUCUUGAUGGUUUGUAUUUCGAAGGUUUUUAAAGUAUGGCUGUAACUGAAUACAGUUGAAUUCUUCUGGUGUGACAUUCUUAACAUUAUGCAUUGAAAUGUACAGUCUGUGUUCAAUUAAAUUAUUGGCACGUGUAACAAUUGUUUACAAAUAAACUGCCGUAGGUAAAACCA